AUGGAAGCAACUUCUCUAUUUUCCUCAGUACUCCCUCCUCCUCUGCCAUUUUCCCUGGGAAAAACAGAGUGCAAGAAAAUGAGAUUCUUGCAUGGGAAAAGAUCAAGCGGCGCCAUGGUUUUUGCUGCUAAAAGAGACGACGAUAGAGGAUGCUCGGUGGAUGAAAGCAUGAUCAUCUUGAGGAAACGAAUUCAUGAGAUGAAGAUGAUUGAGAGGAAUUAUGAGCCGCCGGAGGAAUGGACGGAAUGGGAGAAGAGAUAUUACACGUGCUAUGAUGAAUAUAUUUGUCAAGUAGUGGGGUUAUUACAAUCGUAUUUGAUGAACACUAGGCCUAGCGUCUCUCUUGGGAUGCUUGCACUCAUCACCAUGAGUAUCCCGGCGUCGACGGUCAUGAUUGUGCUUCGCUUGAUGGAGGGGGCUAACGGGGUCCUCUCUGCCGUUCAUCACGGUUGA